AUGUCAUUAUCUGAAAUCAUGAGGUCAAUAAAAAAAUACGAAGACGAAUUCAAAUAUAAACUCUACAGUAACAUAAAACUGGCAUCAAAGAUUAAUAUUCAAUUUGAAGAAAUACAAAGAUUAAUAACUGAAAAAGAUGACAAAACUGAUUUUAUUGAGAAACAAAUGAAAAUUAUUAACGAAAAUGGUACCUACAAAAAAACUACACUAUUAUUAAAAAGAUUAGAAAAAGAAAAGGAAGACGAAUACUACAAGUUAUUAUGCAAAACUUUAAUGAUAGAUGAUAUAUUAUCUGAUAAAAUAAAUGCUUUAAAAGCUAAAAAGUCGAUCGAGAAAAACAAAAUAUUAAACGAAAAAUUUCAUAAUUCUAAAAAAAAAUUGAAAACAGUACUGAACGAUGUCGAACUAUUCAAACACCAGUUUGUAUCAUAUUUCGACGAUACCUACGACAACGUUAAUAAAGUCGAAAUACUUAAAAUAAUAAUGUUAACCUUCAAUCUAUUAAUUACUAAUGGAUACAUGUGCUAUUGGAAAUCAAGUGGAAAAAUACUAAAAAACAAUGCAAAGCUCUGGACAGUGCACAAUCCCUCUGGAAUGCCCAUAAACUUCAAUUCGCCGUUCAAUCAGACAAUUUUAUCUGUUUCUACUGCAGAUGUUAGGCAACUUGUGCCAUUUAUUUAA